AUGGAGAUGUCUUUGCAACUGAACUGCAAAACGACAUUCGGCAAUAGAAAUUUUUCAAGUAGAAGACAGAAGAGGAUCUUUACUGCAAGGCCCAAGGGUCAUGGUUCUGAUUCAAAAAAGGGUUUGGUCCCAAGACCACCUAUUGGAACACGCAUAGUUGGAGAAGAUGGAAAUGUUUAUACGAAUGUUCCUGACACUUCCAACAUUGGGAAUGUUGAAUAUUUAGACGACAAAUCAUUAGACUAUGCAGAAAUUAUUGGAAUUAUUAGAGAAUCAGAUGUUCAUGGCACUUAUAAUGAAGUAACUGGGGAGACCAUAGUCGAAGAAACAAAUGAUGAUGAUGAUGAUAUAAUAAAGGAAGAAGCUUCUCAACUGUUGCAGUUAAAGUUGAAAGAACGUUUACGCAGGCUCGAAAUAGAGAGGAUUGCACAGGAAAACUUGUCACUACGGAACAAGUUGUUUGUAUAUCCUCCUGUGGUUGAGCCAGGUCAAGAUAUUGAAGUGUUUCUUAAUAGGAGUGUUUCAACUCUAUGUAACGAGCCAAAUGUUUUGAUUAAGGGAGCAUUUAAUGAUUGGAGGUGGAAAUUUUUUACCAUUGUAUUAAAUAAAACACACCUCCUCAAUGGUGAUUGGUGGUCUUGUCAGCUACAUGUUCCAAGAGAAGCCUAUAAAGUGGACUUUGUGUUCUACAAUGGGCAAAAUGUCUAUGACAAUAAUGACAGAAGGGAUUUCUCCAUACCUGUUGAUGGCGGAAUGGAUGUAUUCGGAUUUGAGGAUUUCUUGCUUGAGGAAAAACGUAGAGAAUUAGAAAGACUUGCUAAGGAGCAAGCUGAAAAGGAAGAACAGGAAAAAGAGAAAAGGAAAAUGGAAGCAGAGAAAGCUGCAAUAGAAGAGGACAGGUCACUGGCUAGGGUGGAGGUAGAAAGGAAGAGAGAAGUGUUGCGCCAGUUGACGAAAAAUGCAGUGAAAUCCAUCGACAAUGUUUGGUAUAUAGAGCCUAGUGAAUUUGAAGGCAAAGACUUGGUCAGAUUAUAUUAUAACAGAACAUCAGGUCCUCUUGCACAGACUCAGGAAGUAUGGAUUCAUGGGGGGCACAAUAAUUGGAUGGACAAAUUAUCAAUUGUUGAAAGGCUUGUCAAAACUGGUUCAAAACAUGGUGAUUGGUGGCAUGCUGAUGUUGUUGUACCUGACCAAGCCGUUGUCCUGGAUUGGGUCUUUGCUGAUGGGCCACCUGGAAAUGCAAGUUCGUAUGAUAACAACAAUGUUCAAGACUUCCAUGCUAUUGUGACAAAGGUCAUACCUGAUGAAGAGACUUGGGUUUGGGAAGAGCGAACGAUAUUUAGAAAAUUGCAGGAGAAGAGGAGGUUAAGAGAGGAAGCUAUGCGUGCCAAGGUUGAAAAAACAGCAUGUAUAAAAGCUGAAGCAAAGAAAAAAACUUUAAAAAGAUUUUUGCUUUCUCAAAAGCAUAUUGUCUACACUCAGCCUCUUCAUAUUCAAGCGGGGAGCACAGUGACUGUAUUUUAUAAUCCUUGCAACACAAACCUAAAUGGAAAACCAGAAGUUUGGUUUAGAUGUUCAUUUAAUCGUUGGACUCAUUGUAAUGGUUCAUUGCCACCUCAGAAAAUGUUGCAUACAAAGUAUGGUACUUACGCCAAAGCCUUUGUUAAGGUUCCAUUAGAUGCAUACAUGAUGGACUUUGUAUUCUCUGAGAAAGAAGACGGUGGAAUUAUUGAUAAUAACAAUAGAAUGGAUUAUCACAUACCUAUUUUGGGUGGUAUUGUAAAGGAAACGCCCAUGCAUAUUGUCCAUAUUGCUGUUGAGAUGGCCCCAAUUGCAAAGGUUGGAGGCCUUGGUGAUGUUGUUACUAGUCUAUCACGAGCAGUUCAGGAUUUAAAUCACAAUGUGGAUGUUGUUCUUCCAAAGUAUGACUGUUUGAAUCUUAGCAAUGUAAAAGAUUUUCAAUAUCACAGAAACUAUUUUUGGGGUGGGACUGAAAUAAAAGUAUGGCAUGGAAAGGUGGAAGGUCUCUCUGUCUACUUCUUGGAACCUCAAAAUGCAUUCUUUCAUGCUGGCUGUGUGUAUGGUUGUGGGAAUGAUGCUCAGAGAUUUGGUUUUUUUUGUCAUGCUGCUCUUGAAUUUCUACAUCAAAAUGGAUUUCAUCCGGAUGUCAUCCACUGCCAUGAUUGGUCGAGUGCGCCAGUUGCAUGGCUAUCUAAAGAACAGUAUAGACAUUGCGAUUUAAGCAAAGCAGGGGUAGUGUUUACAAUUCAUAACCUUGAAUUUGGAGCUCAUUUCAUUGGAAAAGCAAUGGAAUACACAGACAAGGCCACAACUGUCUCCCCAUCUUAUUCUAGGGAGGUUGCUGGGAAUCCUGCAAUUGCUCCUCAUCUUCACAAGUUUCAGGGUAUUAUUAAUGGAAUUGAUCCAGAUAUAUGGGACCCAUUUAACGAUGAGUUCAUUCCUGUAUCAUACACAUCGGAAUAUGUUGUUGAAGGUAAAAAAGCUGCCAAGGAAGCCUUGCAACAAAGGCUUGGUUUGAGAAAAGCUGAUCUUCCUUUAUUGGGAGUUAUUUCUCGAUUGACUCAUCAGAAAGGAAUUCAUCUCAUCAAGCAUGCUAUAAGUCGCACCCUAGAGCGUGGCGGACAGGUUGUAUUGCUUGGCUCAGCUCCAGAUUCUAGUAUCCAAAAUGAUUUUGUAAAUUUGGCCAAUCAAUUGCAUUCUCUUCAUCAUGACCGUGUUAGACUCUGUCUUGUGUAUGAUGAGCCUCUAUCACACUUGAUAUAUGCUGGUGCUGAUUUCAUUCUAGUUCCUUCAAUCUUUGAGCCAUGUGGUCUAACUCAACUGAUAGCAAUGAGAUAUGGUUCAGUACCUAUUGUUCGAAAAACUGGAGGACUAUACGAUACUGUAUUUGACGUUGAGCAUGAUAGGGAUAGAGCACAAGCACAAGGUCUUGAACCAAAUGGGUUCAGUUUUGAUGGAGCUGAUGCUUUAGGUGUUGAUUAUGCCCUCAAUAGGGCAAUAUCAGCAUGGUAUGAGAAUCGUCAUUGGUUUAACACUUUAUGCAAGACAGUGAUGGAGCAAGACUGGUCUUGGAAUCGCCCUGCACUUGAUUAUCUGGAGCUUUACCAUGCUGCACGUAAGUCAGCAUGAGAUUUAAUAGACAUGAAUUAAGUUUCAUCCUCUUUGUACACAUUUUUGUGGUAAGCUUCAGUUUGAACACACUUGAUUGCAUCUGGUGAAUCCUUCAAAAAGAUAACAACUACGAGGUGAAAAGCCAUAAAAGAUGAUGAGCUUCAAAUAGUUCAUUUUUUUAGCAAGCAAUAGUGUAGGCUAUUUCAUGACAAUUUUAUAUAUGUUAGGAGAUUUGUGUUUUUAAAUUGAAGAGUAUGUGAAUUGUGAUAUUGCAGAAAAGAUAUGCAAGCUCGUGUUUGAC